AUGAGUAUAAUGGGCGAUAGUAGAAAAUAUGAAGUAUUUAUACCUUACAUGAAAAAAAUGAGGGAAAAUAACAAUAAAAUUUCGAAUUUAGAAAUUCAUUUACAUUACAAUAAACAUUUGGAAAAAAAUAAAAACGAAAAUGUCGAAAUCUAUGAUAUUCUUAUUAGACGAGUUGAAACAAAUGAUGAAUUAUUCUCUAAUGAAGUAUUUAAAAUGGUUCGCGUUUUCACGUAUGCGAUAGUUAGGCUUAUAUUGCUAACAAAGAGUGGGCCGAAGUACUGUAUCAGUUGGAUGUAUUAG